GAUGAUAGCCACAUGCUGGUACUGGGAGUUACAGAAACGACUACAGAAAGAACUGUUGGCUUUGCAAAAUGACCCACCUCCUGGGAUGACUUUAAAUGAAAAGAGUGUUCAGAAUUCAAUUACACAGUGGAUUGUAGACAUGGAAGGUGCACCAGGUACCUUAUAUGAAGGGGAAAAAUUUCAACUUCUAUUUAAGUUUAGUAGUCGAUAUCCUUUUGACUCUCCUCAGGUCAUGUUUACUGGUGAAAACAUUCCCGUUCAUCCUCAUGUUUAUAGCAAUGGUCAUAUCUGUUUAUCCAUUCUAACAGAAGACUGGUCCCCGGCGCUGUCAGUCCAGUCAGUUUGUCUUAGCAUUAUUAGCAUGCUUUCCAGCUGCAAAGAAAAGAGGCGACCACCAGAUAAUUCUUUUUAUGUGCGAACAUGUAACAAGAAUCCAAAGAAAACAAAAUGGUGGUAUCAUGAUGAUACUUGUUGAUGCCACUGUUAUCAUCCUCCUAGCAGAAGAUAGUCCUACUGAGAAAACGAGCACUUUGAUCAUUCAGUCUUUGAACUUUAACCUUUGACUGGAAGUGACCUAUAGGCAAUGAAGACUACUUCCUUUUACUGCAUUUUUUACUCGUGUGCAUUCUGGGCGCAUGUUGAUCGCUGGUUCAGUCCAGGCAACUGACAUGCUUUUAUUAGUCAUACAGUAUUAAUGCAGGUGUCAGGAAAUGUCAGAUACAAUUCCAUUUUUGUUUUAUUUCUAAGCUUUUGGAAGCGCUCCAGGCCCUUGUGUGCAAUAAGUGACUUCCCUGGUGGGCGGGGGAGCGUCCAUUGCCGGCAGUGGGCGCUGUCAUAGGAAGAGCUCACUAACUCCUGCCAUGGGUGAGCCAUGCAUGAUAGGGCCUAUGAAAUAGCGGUUAGUGAGGGAUCCAACUUCACCUUGAACGUCACCCCAACUGUUUAUAUUUGGAUUCUAUGCACUGUGAUCCUAAGGUUAACAGCAUGAAUUAACAUGCGUCUUUAAAGGACUGUAAAAGAUCAUUGCGUAUUUAUUUAAUUGUUUAUAUCUGCUGUCAAAUUGUUUUGACAUGGGAAGUUUUCAAAGAACAUUGGCAGAGAGGUACAAUAUGUUAUCCCUAUGGUGAAAAUAAAUUCAUUUGUUGUAUAUAGUUCUCAGUCUCUGGAGUUAAGGUAUGAGUAAUAUAGGGUAUGGAUGGUUUAACUAAGGCUUUAUUUUGGAAGUAAAAAAAAUUGGCAGUAAUGAGAAAGCUGCUGUAGUCUGUCAUUUGGGCCUGUUAUUUGUACAUUAAUGAUUUCACCCCAACUAGAUUACACUCUGUUACUUCCUGCUAGCCAUCAGCAUGAGCCCUACUGCCUAAACACUAUUUCAUUUAUUUAUGUUUGGAAAAUCCAUAGACAUUUUUGUUUGCAAUCUUGUUUCUUUUGUUAUGUUUUAAGUCAAGUUUGAAUGUUCAAAACUUCAGUUGCAAACUUUUUAUCAAGUUUUUUUCUUGUAAAUUUUCUUUACUUUGUAAGUAUCAUAUUGUCCUUCAGUCUUGUACCCUAAAAUAAGAAAUACAUUUUUGACAGAGGCUUAAUGUUUUAACAAGAGUGUGGACAUUUUUAUUUUAAGAUGUUGGCAAAAGGACACCAUAAGAUGGUAUGUUUGCUUAUUUGUCUUACAAACUAUACAGUCUUUACUGGAGGAAUUUGUUUUGUUUUCUUGUUGAUGAGACUUUGCCUACAGCUAAAGUUUUUCUAUUUAAAAGAACAAUUGUUGAAAGGUUCCAUUCUCAGUAUCAUGUACCAUGUAAAUUAAUGAUACUAUAACUAGGUUCUCUUUUUAAAAAGCAAUUAAUGUAUUUUAUAAAUUACCUUUUCACAUAUGCAAAAUCUGUUUCUACUACAAUGUUAUUUUUACUAAUGCCUUAUUGUUGCACUCUUUUUGAAAUAUUCUACAGUGAAUAUAUUAAUCAAUUUGGUCUUAAAAAUAAAAACCAAUUGGCUGAAAAGUCUGAAAUAUGUACCCCCAUAAAACCAUCCAACUGAUAAUUGGUAAGGAAUAUUUUAAAAGUUGUUUUUAAUAUCUGUGUAGAUGACAUUUUGUAGCUUUGUAUGUGUUGUUAAUUAAGGGCAUAUAAUUUUACACUCUAAAAGUAUAACUGCUGAACUCAGGGGUGGGUAGACUUCAGAAAUAUGUCUGCUAUAGAAAUAACUUGAAAAAAUUAAAACCAUGGCCAGCUACCAAAAUGUGGGCACUGUUUAUACUGCUAGCUAGCAAUGACCACUUAAAAAAACUGUAAACAUUUUCCUUCUGUCUUGAUAGAUGUAUGUGAGUUCUCAAAAUGAUCACUCCGUUUUAUUAAUUGGCCUGUUUAACAUGGAUAAAGAAUGUUUGAAUUA